AUACUAACCGACUAACAUUAAUCCAAAUAACCUUGAGAGUAAACUAAGGUCACGAUUGACAACCCUAUAUAAUAAUUAACCCCUUUAUGAUUAUCAAGUUUUUGCUGAAUAGCCUAUCAUACAAUUUCACUGCCAAAACACCGUUUUAUUUCGUACGUAAUAUACAAUCACGUAAUAUGUCUAAAAAGGCAUUGGUUUUAUUAGCAGAAGGUGCUGAAGAAAUGGAAGCUGUUAUAUCCAUUGAUGUUUUACGUCGUGGAGGAAUUGAUGUUGCUGUCGCUGGAGUACCAAACAAGAUUCCUAUUCAAUGCAGUAGAGGUGUCAUAGUAAACCCUACCAUUAGUAUUGAUGAAGCAAAAGUUAAUGGUCCUUAUGAUGUAGUUGUACUUCCAGGAGGCCUUCAAGGUGCCAAGAAUCUUGGUGCGAAUGAAGCUGUUGGUGCAAUUUUAAAAGAACAAGAAAAAUCUGGUCGUUUAAUUGCAGCUAUCUGUGCAGCACCUGCUUUGGUUUUGAAGGCCCAUGGAAUUGCUGAAGGAAGAAAUGUUACAUCAUAUCCUUCAUUUGAAAAAGAACUAACUUCAAAUGGCAAAUAUCAUUACAGCCAGGAAAAAGUUGUAGUCGAUGGUAAUAUUACAACAAGUCGAGGACCUGGUACAGCUUUAGACUUUUCGUUAAGUUUGGUCUCUCAAUUAAUGGGAAAAGAAAAAGCAUCUGAAAUUGCUAAAGCUUUGCUUGUACCUUAUUAAGUUUUUGUUUUAUUUUUUUAUAAAUAUAGUGUUUCAAAACAGA